GCUAACCCGGACCCGGAAAACUACUGAAAAUAAUUAAUUACGCACCACGCUGAAACGAUAAUAAUUAAAAUAAUACAAGAGCACCUAUUGCCCAACGUUGAAAUUCUCUAUUCCUUUUCUUGGUUUUGAACGGUUUACUGGUCGUAUUUACAAAAACUGGAAAGGGCAUUUAAGUCAUUCACUCUCCGCUCUCUCAUAUAUAUAAGACGAGUCUUCCGUGUUCUUCGCAAUUAAACUCAAACGGAAACAAUUCCCCAAACAGAAAAAGCGAAAAAGAAAGAAUUCUCCAGACUUUUCUAGUUCCUCUUCAGCCGCCGCCGUUGAUGGACGCAGGUGAAGCUCUAAACCUCUACGAUUCCUACUGGUUCGAGAUGGAGAUCCUGAAGAACCGGUCAACGUAUUCUUCCCCGUCGGAUUCCCCGCCGGAGACCCCAACUAUGGCCAGCAUGUAUCUGCAGAUCCAGAAGCAACAAGCUCCGCCGCCGCCGGAGAUUUCGAAAUUAAGACCCACUCGCGGCGGAGGCCAAUCCGCGAUUCUCAGAUCCAUGAGCGAGGACUUGUACACGAAGCCGAGCUUCAUCAACAACACCCCGGCCUCGCCGGACUCCGUCCUCACUUCUCAACUCCGCACAAUCCUCUCCGGUAAAGAAGCGACCGGAGAUGAAUUGGAAAUAUUCACCAAAUACUCCCCUCCUCCUCCUCCUCCGCCGCCUCUCAGAAAGUGUUCUCCCAUCUCCUCCGGUUCCAAUUCACCGUCGAAGGCGAGAAAGCCCACCCCCGCCGGCGGGAGGAGGAGAGCGGCGAAGAAAGGGUUGGCGAGCAAGAGCUUGUCGUCUCUGGAGUUCGAGGAGCUGAAAGGGUUUAUGGAUUUAGGGUUCGUGUUCUCCGAGGAAGACAGGGAGUCGAGCUUGGUCUCGAUUCUCCCCGGGCUACAGAGAUUGGGGAAAAAGGACGGCGGGGGAGCAGUAGAACCCCCUUCGGCGGUGGAUGAAUCGGCGGUUCCGAGGAGGCCGUACUUGUCGGAAGCCUGGGCGGUUCAGGAGAAGGAGAAAAUGAGGAAUCCGGUGAUGAAUUGGCGGGUUCCGGCGCUGGGAUUGGGAAGCGAGAUUGACAUGAAAGACAGCUUGAGAUUGUGGGCGCAUUCUGUUGCGUCUACUGUUAGAUAGCGUUUGGUUGGAUUGGAUCCAUAGCCACACACCAUAAAAUUCUUUCUUUCUUUCUUUUUCUUUUGUUUGUAAGAAGAUUUUUUCUUACUGUUCGUGAAUUACCCUAUACCAAAUGUAAAUACAGAGCGAAAUAAAAAAGCCUACAUUGUUGUUUCCCAUGAAGAUGUUUUGUUUGUGAGAAAAAAUUAGAUUGAUUAAUUAAUUACAAGUGAGUCUUAACAAGAAUAGUUGUGUAACUGCCGCCCGGCGGCCGGGAUUAGUUUAUAAUUAGUUUGAAUUUUAGCUGAGACGACGACCGAGGGGCGGGUCAAUUUUCGUUUUGGGCAAGUGGGAACGGUGACCGGGGAUGGAGGAUUACUUUGCUUUGAUUAAACUACUGAUCGAAGGUGGGCUUACAUUAUGUCAUGAUUAAGAAUAGUAGAGUAAUGAUGGUGGGCGCUGAUGUGGGGGAGCUGGAGGGACCAUUUUUUUGUUUCUGUUUUUAUCAAUUUGGCUAAUGUGUUUAUAGGACUUGGCGUAUGAACGAGCUUGUGUCGUUUUAUUUUAUUUAUUUUUGUGUUAUCAGUUGUCCGCACGGUGGAUCGAUGAUUUUUUAAUGAAAAUGUGGUAUUGGA